UCCAGCGAGGGCGGCGGGUGGGGCCGCCGUGAGGAGCGGGCGCGGGCAGCCCGGCGCCAUGCUGCGGGCCCUGCGGCGGCGCUGGGACGCCUACAAGUACCGCUUCGUGCCCUGGGUGGCCCUCAACCUCCGCCGCAAGCGCAGGACCCUCCGAUAUGUUCCUAAAAGCUCCCAAGACAAAAUUAUCUCUGAUGAAGAUGUCUUUGAAACACUGCUGAAAAUAUUUAGAGCUCUGUUCGUAAAUGACUUCAGUAGACAAGCACGUAUUUUGGCCUUACUUCCAGAAAUCAAAUGCAAAUAUCUGGAAUUACUGAAUUCUCAGCAGAAGCCAUCAAAAGUGAAUUCACGUGACCAUCAGAGCCAACGUGUUUUUAGUCCAGAGGAAGUUCUGUUUAAUACAUUAGGAUUCACUGUUAGUCGAGACCAAAGUUCCCUGAUGUCUGCUGGAACUGGAGUCUUUGUUAGCAAAGGUUUUGUACCAAAAGGGACGGUUGUAUCUAUGUAUCCCGGUACAGUAUACAGAAAGCAUGAGCCCAUCUUUUUCCAGUCCCUUGGCAAUCCCUUUAUUUUUAGGUGCAUAGAUGGCGUCCUUAUUGAUGGGAAUGAUAAAGGACUAUCAAGAUCAGUGUACAGGUCUUGCAGCAGGAGAGAUCAACUUGGCCCAUUCCAAAUGAGCGAUGAGAGCUGGCUUACAGCUGCCUUGCAAAACCCACUGGCUGUGGGACAGUACGUCAACAACUGUACACAUGAAAAAGCAGCCAACGUGUGUUAUCAGGAGUUUGAUGUGCCGCGGUAUUUUCCAAUAGAACUGAAACAGUAUCUUCCAAACAUCGUCUACAGCCAUGACAUAGAGAGAUCAAUCCCAUGGGACCAAAUUGGGCCUUCCUGGACUGGAACACUUGGCCUCCUUCCAAGCCUGAACGUUGUCUGUCAUAUUCAUCUGGAAGUCCUUCUCAGUCAGAGAGGGCUGGCUUUUUCAGGAAGAUUUAAAUAGCAGAGCUACAAGAGAGUGGCACAUGGUUCAGCAUGGCUUGCGCAAGUUUGCCAAAGAUGCCGUGGACAACUUCUAGUGACAGUCCUUGUGUCUUCACUGUGUGGUAACAGAUCAGAGCAGGCAGCAAUCUCCAGUCUACUGAAGGGUAUGCUCAUCCUCCAUCACUCUGAGGAUCCCUUCUCUGCAGCUCGCUCUGGGAGGAGGUCACUGGGCAUCUGUUGAUCUCUGAAGGGGAGGCUGGUUGUCAGGCUGCCUGCAGUAUUGCUUAGCUCAGCAGGGUUUAUGGACAGUUCGGGGAAUACUAGUCUCAGCCUGCCAGAGGAGGCAAGCGCUGUUCAUGUUCUCCAUGCUGAGAUGCUGUCGUGCGAGGGCGUAGAUUACUUCAGCUGUUUCAUUAUACACUUGUUAAUACUUUUUAAAUGACCGGAUUUGAAAGUACACACCUGUUUGCUGACUGUGGACCUUAGGUCUACAACUCAUUCAUUGAGAAAGGUUUGCUUUACUGCACUUGUUGCCUCCCGGAUGCCGCGGUAGCGGAGGAUCGCAGUGCUGAAGUGCAGGCUGCCUGUCACCGCUGACAUACGUGGGACUGGCUUCUCCUUGCUGAAAUACUGGAACCUGGCAGCCUGCUUCAGGGGCUGCUCGUAUGUGAGGGAAAGCAGGACCUGGCCUGUAACUAGCAGCAACAAUUGAUUUCUGUCUGCUGGUGGCUAGAGAAAGCCAAAAAGUGGCAGGAGGAGCAGGAGGUACAGUCAGGUGGUGCUACCGGGCAAGAAGCAGCACAACAUGGGGACUAGGCAGGAGAAAGGAAAAUGGAAAAGUAGAAAUAACGGUCCAUGAAGUGCUACAGCUUCUGAAAGGGCUUCAGGUGUAUCAGACUUUUCCUUGUCACCUUAGAUUCCUGUCUAUUCAAUGAAGGUGAAUGUCCUCAUUCCCUGUGUGCCCAUUCAUUACCACCAAACCAACACCACCAGCGCAGUGCAGAGAGUAGGAUACACUCUGACAUUAUUUAAGACAAUGUAUGAUUUAAUAAUAACUCAGUAAAAUUCUCUAUGCAAUCUAUUUAUUGUUUGUUAAUAAAUUAUUCAUUACAGUAAGUACAAUGUCUCUCUUGAGAGAUUAUUUGCCUGGGUUAUUUUAAUUAGAAUUUGCUAAAAAUAGGGACUGACUUGGCUAGUUCUGCCUCUACAUGCCUGUACAAUUAGUGGUAGAAGGAAGGGAAAAUCACACUAAGAUUUAAGGUAGUUAAACUGGGCAGAUCUGCAAAGUCCUUCUCCCACAUGAGACCCAUAGUCCGCAGGUGUUAAAAUGCUGUGCACAUUUAGGAAAGAAUCUGUGUCGCUGUACCCAUUUAAGAGAAAAUUUGUGUAAAUGUUACCAGCUGUGAUGCGCUGGCUGUGAUCUUCAGUGAGGAUCACCAACUGCCUUGAGCCUGGCUGGGGUGGAGCUAACUUCCCCCCAGCAGCCCUCACAGCAUCCUGGAUGUCUCUCCACCAUUCCCCUAACCCACAAAGGCCACUAGGCUGGGAGUAGGAAAGAGGGUAGGAGGGGACACAGCCAGAACAGCUGUCCCAAGAUGACCGAAGAGAUACUCCAUACCAUAUGAUGUCAUGCCCAGCAAUAAAAGCUAAGAGAAGGGAGGAAGGAAGGGGACAUUCAUUAUUAAGGCAUUUGUCUUCUAGUCCACUUGCUACACUUUACUGAGGCCUCCCAGGCAAUGGCUGGACAUCCUGCUGAUGGGAAGUAGAGAAUAAAUAUUUUUGUUUCCUUUUCCUUCUGCAUGGCCUU